UUUUGAAUUUGCUUUUCACUGACGUUUACUUUGCAUUUCGCAAAUAUUUUGUUUUGCCGCUUAUUUUAGAUUGUUAUCAAUAAAAUUUAAUCAUUGCAAUGUUAAUUUGUUGUUGAAUCCAGUUUAAAUUGAAAAAGUAUAACCAAAGAGAGAAUGCCAGCAAGAAAGAAGACUGGUGCAGAUAUCAAUGGCGGUGGGAGUGGUAACACAUCAGACGCGUCCAAAUACGAUGAUGAUGCAUACAGACAAAAGAGACAGAGAAACAAUAAUGCUGUGAAGAAAACAAGACAAAAAUCUAAAGAAACUGCAACCGAGCGUAAACGUAAUGUGAAGCGGCUUAAACAUGAGAAUAUCGAGUUGGAAGCUUCCAUUGAAGAGAGGGAGGAACAUGUGGAAACAUUAAAAAAUUUUUUGUUGAACAACGUGCAAAAGGGCGAGCAGGAAGCUGUUCUGCAACGGAUACUAAAUGAACCCACGGACGAUGAGGGCGACAAUUUUGAUGACACAUAAGUAAACGAAACUCAAAAUUCGACUCGAUUUGUACUUGCCUUCAUGAGUUUGUUGUAGUAAGUUGUAACUAUUCUAAUUUUUAUGUUGCUACCUUUGUAGCCAUACUCGGGCAUAUAUGUAUGUAUGCAUGUAAUGUUUACAAAUAUACCCUGCAAACCAACGUU